AUGCUCCUCCAACCCAUCACCAACCCCAGUAAAUGUGUCCGCUACAUUGUCGUUCUCCUCAGCAUAUGGGCCUUCAUCUACCUCUUCUCACCCUUCAACCUCCGCCUCGACAAAAACGACCCCAGCUCCGACGACGACGAUGAAGCAAACAGGGGCGGCUCCCUCAGCCGGCACGAUAUCUGCCGCCCCUACGGUUGGAAACCCUACCAGCCCCGCCAACCCUCGGACCCUCCCCGCAAGAUAUACGAUUUAGUUCUCGUCACCACGGAACUCGACCUGCUCGAAGUCCGCCUGAACACCACCUGGGACGCCAUCGACUACUAUGUUCUCGUCGAGAGUGCCAAGACGUUUACAGGGCGCAAUAAGCCUCUGCUGCUUCAACAUGCACUCGACUCCUCCUCCCGGUUCGACGCCUACAAAUCCAAGAUCAUCUACCACGAAGUUGAACACCCCGAGGAUUUCAACCCCCGGUCUCUUACGUCGGGAAAAGCAUCUGCAUCUGCAUCCGCAUCUGGGUCGGUAUCAUCAUCACCAUGGCAAGAUUUCCACCUAAACGCCAUGUUCGAUCAAGUCUUUCCUUCUCUCGCAGCUGAAACUGAACCCCCCACCAACCCCAGUUUGAACUCAUCAUCAAUAACUUCCCGCCGUCCCCACCUAAACGACAUUCUCCUCCUCUCCCUCGCCUCCGAAAUCCCCCGUCCACAAACCCUUGCCCUCUUGAAGGAAUGUAUCUUCCCGGCCCGCUUAACCCUCUCCUCCAAAAUGCACUACUACUCCUUCCAAUUCGUCCGUCGACCUUCUUGGUUCUCUCGCACGCACGAGUAUGGUCCGGGGUACGUAGACCAAGAGUCCAAAAAAGUAGAGUGGGGACAUCCGCAGGCUACGGUCUACAAGGGGGUAGGAGGCAAGACGGUGAAGAUGAGCGGGUUGAGAGACAGGAUAGUCCGAUUCGUGCGAGAGGGAAAAGAUCUCUGGGCUGAUAUCCACGAGCAGCAAGGCGGGACGAAGUGGGUAUUUGAGGAUGUGGUCAAUAACACGGACGUUCCGAGUUUCUUGUUGGAGUCGCCAGAAGGAAAAGAAGGCGGGAGGUUGAGGUUCUUGAUGGAAAGGGGAGGGAGAAAUGGUGGGUUUAGGGAUUACGAUGAAGUGUCGAAGGUGGGGGUGAAGGAUGGAGAGGCAAGGGAAGAAACUCAGGAGAAGGUGAAUGGGAAGUAGGGGUAGUUGAAGUGUUGUUUGGGUACGGAAAGGGGUUAAUUAAUACAAGUAGAAAAAUGACGGGAUGAAAGGUCGGAUGCGUGAUGCUACGGAGCAACGGACAGUACAAUCUUGAUGAUUGUCAUGGUGUAUCAGUGAACUCAUUGACCUGAAAAGAAGAAAGAACGGUUACCACGAGGAUUUCAUCGAGAUGGAGUCAGUAUUGAUGGGUUUGGAAGGAAGGUAUCUCUCGAGUACGGAUUUCAGGUCAUGGAUCUGGCGUUACGAUUAUUGGUCGGGCUACAUAUAAUUGCUUGGCUCUCAUUUGUAUCCAAAUCUUGUAUACACAACCUGCUCACUGCUGUAAUCGUC